AUGUAUGCAGAUGAUACGCUCCAGUGUCGACCAAUUGAUCUAGUGCAGAGUCUGCCAUGCACCAGCUCAGGACCAGAAGAGUCAGUGGAUGUCAGUAAUGUUGGAGAGACUUCAGAGAACAGAGGAACUCCCUCCUCUCAGAGCAAAGAGGGGAUGGUUCCAGUACCAAAGCCAGCACGGCACAUCUCAUAUUACCAAGAAAAAAUUCAGCCAAACCUCAUAGACCGUUACAUGCAACUACAAGAAGGGUUGAUGGAGGUGAAACAACCUCUGGAUGAGAUGUACACACAUCUGUCUGUCACAACUGGGGGUGACGUACACAUCAACAAACAGCAUAAGGUCAGGCAGAUUGAGGCAGUGAAGACAGCAGAUACAGAGACAACAAUUAAACCUUGUGACAUGUUCAAACACCCCUCUGGAAAAGACAGACCCAUAAGAACAGUGCUGACCAAGGGAAUCGCAGGAAUUGGAAAAACAUUUCUUGUGCACAAGUUUGUGUUCGACUGGUGUAAAAGAGAAACCAAUCAAGAUGUUCAUCUUAUUUUCCCCUUCACUUUCCGCGAGCUGAAUUCAUGGAAAGGAAUGAAUGUAUGUUUGGCAGAGCUCAUUCAUGAAUGUAUCUGGGAGACCAGAGACAUCAAGGAAGAAGCUCUCAAUCACAUCUUUACAGCUCUGCAAUCAUCAGGAAACACAAAUUUUGACAAGAGUGAAUUCAAACUUCUGUUUGUUUUGGACGGACUAGAUGAGAGCCGCCUUGAUCUGGACUGCUCUACUAAUAUAAAUCAGGCAGUUAAAUUUGAUGUGACAGCGCCGACCUCAGUGGACAAGCUGUUGACGAACCUCAUCAAGAAGAAACUGCUUCCCACUGCUCGUCUCUGGAUAACCACACGACCUGCAGCAGCCAAUCAGAUCCAUUCUGAUUUUGUAGACAUCACAACAGAGGUCAGAGGGUUCUCUGAUCCACAGAAGGAAGAGUACUUCAAGAAUAGAUUCAGAAAUGAAGAGCAGGCCGGCAGAAUCAUCUCCCACAUCAAGACAUCACGAAGCCUCCACAUCAUGUGCCACAUCCCGGUCUUCUGCUGGAUCACUGCUACAGUUCUGGAGGAAGUGAUGAAAACCAGAGAGGGAGGAGUGCUGCCCAAGACCCUGACUGAGAUGUACGCAGAAUUCCUGGUGUAUCAGAUUCAUCAGACAAAAAAGAAUUAUGACCGAAAGAAGUGCAUUGAGUACAUUGAGUCAUUAGCAAAACUGGCUUACCAUCAGUUGGAAAAGGGCAACCUGAUCUUCUACGAAAAAGAUCUAGAAGAGAGUGGCAUUGAUGUCAGCGGAGCCUCGGUGUGCUCAGGAGUGUUCACAGAGAUCUUCAAAGAGGAGUCGAAGAAAGAAUUACAAAAAAAGAUGUUUAGCUUCAUCCAUCUGAGUGUUCAAGAGUUUCUGGCUGCUCUUCAUGUAGAGAGGGCAGUAAUUAACAGAAACAAGAAUGUGAUGUUUGGCCAAAGUUGGGUUGAACAAGGGCAAAUGCUUUUCAGCAAAAAAACUAUGACGUCUAAGGUCCACAGGUUUGUUACUGACAAGGCCUUACAGAGUCCAAACGGCCACCUGGACUUGUUCCUCCGCUUCCUCCUGGGUCUUUCUCUGGAGACCAAUCAGGAUCUCCUCAAAGACCUGCUGGUUCAGACAGGAAGUAGCUCACAGACCAAUCAGGAUACAGUUGAGUACAUCAAGAAGAAGAUUACUAAGAAUCUGUCUCCAGAGAAAAGCAUUAAUCUGUUCCACUGUCUGAAUGAACUGAAUGAUCAUUCUCUAAUUGUGGAGAUCCAACAGUACCUGAGUUCAGGAAGUCUCUUCACAGAUAAACUGUCUCCUGCUCAGUGGUCAGCCCUGGUCUUCAUCUUACUGUCAUCAGGAAACAGUCUGGAUGUGUUUGACCUGAAGAAAUACUCUGCUUCAGAAGAGGCUCUUCUGAGGCUGCUGCCAGUGGUCAAAGCCUCCAAAAAAGCUCUGCUGAGUGGCUGUGACCUGUCAAAGAGAAGCUGUAAAGCUCUGUCCUCAGUUCUCAGCUCAGAGUCCUCUAGUCUGAGAGAGCUGGAUCUAAGUAACAACAACCUCACGGAUAUAGGAGGGAAGCUGCUCUCUGCUGGACUGGAGAGUCCACACUGUACACUGGAGACUCUCAGGCUGAGUGGUUGUAACCUGUCAGAGAGAAGCUGUGAAGAUCUGUCCUCAGUUCUCAGCUCAGAGUCCUCUAGUCUGAGAGAGCUGGACCUGAGUAACAACGACCUGAAGGAUUCAGGAGGGAAACUGCUUUCUACUGGAGUGAAGAGUCCACACUGUAUACUGGAGACUCUCAGUCUGAGAGAGCUGGACCUGAAUAACAACGACCUGAAGGAUUCAGGAGUGAAGCUGCUCUCAGCUGGAAUAAAGAGUCAACACUGUAAACUGGAGACUCUCAGCAUGGAGGAGGUUUUCUACACCAAGGGCUGUCUGAUCACAGAGGAAGGCUGUACUUCUCUGGCCUCAGCUCUGAGCUACAACCCCUCCCAUCUGAGAGUGCUGGACCUGAGCUACAAUCAUCCAGGAGACUCGGGAGUGAAGCUGCUUUCAGCUAGAUGGGAAGAUCCACAAUGCAGACUGGACGAUCUAAGGCUAGAUCAUUGUGGAGAGCAGAGGCUGAAACCUGGUCUGAUGAAGUAUUCCUGUGAACUCACACUGGACACAAACACAGCACACAGCAGACUCAAACUGUCUGACAACAACAGGAAGGUGAUGAAUGUGGAGGGGGAGCAGCCAUAUCCUGAUUAUCCAGAGAGGUUUGACUGCUAUCAUCAGCUGCUGUGUAAAGAUGGUCUGACUGGUCGCUGUUACUGGGAGGUUGAGAGGAGCAUAUGGGUUUAUAUAUCAGUUUGUUACAGAGGAAUCAGGAGGAGAGGAAACAGUGAUGACUGCAGGUUUGGAUGGAAUGAUCAGUCCUGGAGCCUGGACUGCUCUGAUGGUGGUUACUCUGUCUGGCACAAUAAGAGAGAAAUGCCCAUCUCCUCCUCCUCCUCCUCCUCCUCUGUCUCCGAUAGAGUAGCAGUGUAUGUGGACUGUCCUGCUGGCUCUCUGUCCUUCUACACAGUCUCCUCUGACUCACUGAUCCACCUCUACACCUUCAACACCACUUUCACUGAACCUCUUUAUCCUGGGUUCUGGUUAGCCCCGCUUGCUUCAGUGUCUCUGUAGGACCGAGAGUCUCCUCCUGUGCACAGAAACACUCACACUGCUGACCAACACACACAAUCUCUUUGUAAAUCAAACUCAAAAUUACAAGAGAACAAUACAUUAAAGGAGUCACUAAUACAUACACUUUAUA